GACGACAAGUCACGUGACAUGAAGCCAGACGUGUAGUGCGCGGGCAGCCACCGACCAGAGAACCGCUGCGCUGACCCCGACCGUCCACCUGCGUCCUCGCCGAGCUCCUCUCAUGAAACCCCGGUCCCCUUCGGAGCAGCAUCACGGCAAAAGGGCCCGCCUGCCUCCCGCGGCGGCCUCCAACGGAAUGGAGGACAACAAGCCGUCGAAUCUACGGGAACUAACCCAGAACCCCCUGAAGAAGAUCUGGAUGCCGUGUAAAAAUGGCCUUCCUGAGAGGCACAUUUCUCAGAGGAAGGUGUGUAUGACCAACUGUCCUACACUGAUAGUGACGGUGGGCCUUCCUGCCAGGGGGAAGACUUACAUCUCCAAGAAGUUGACCCGCUAUCUGAACUGGAUUGGGGUUCCCACUAGAGAGUUCAAUGUAGGACAAUACAGGAGAGAGUGUGUGAAGAUCUAUAAGUCCUUUGAGUUCUUCCGUCCAGACAACGAGGAAGGCCUAAAGAUCAGAAGGCAAUGUGCUUCGACAGCUUUGAACGACGUACGACAAUACCUCACAGAAGAAGGAGGCCAAGUGGCGGUUUUUGAUGCCACAAACACAACAAGGGAAAGGAGGAAAACCAUCAUCCAGUUUGCAGAGCAGAAUGGCUUUAAGGUGUUCUUUGUGGAAUCUGUGUGUGAAGACCCAGAUGUCAUCCAGGAGAACAUUGUGCAAGUGAAGCUGGGCAGCCCCGACUACACCAACUGCAACACAGAGGAGGCAGUGGAGGAUUUCAUGAAGAGGAUCAAGUGUUACGAGAACUCCUACGAGACCCUGUGUGAGGUUUUGGACAGGGAUCUCUCCUACAUCAAGAUCAUGGAUGUGGGUCAGCGCUACAUGGUCAACAGGGUGUUGGACCACAUCCAGAGUCGGAUCGUCUAUUAUCUCAUGAACAUCCACAUCACGCCUCGCUCCAUCUACCUGUGCCGCCAUGGGGAGAGUGAGCUCAAUGUCAAAGGUCGGAUUGGAGGAGACUCUGGCCUUACGCCAAGUGGCAAAGAGUUCUCCAAGAAGCUGAGCCAAUUCAUUCAAGCCCAAGGCAUCAGUGACCUGAAGGUGUGGACCAGUCAGAUGAAGAGGACCAUCCAGACAGCCGAGGGUCUCAGUGUGCCUUAUGAACAGUGGAAGGUCCUGAACGAGAUCGACGCCGGCGUAUGUGAGGAGAUGAUGUACGAGGAGAUCCAGGAUCACUACCCUCUGGAGUUUGCGCUGAGGGAUCAGGACAAGUACCGCUACCGCUACCCUAAAGGAGAGUCCUAUGAGGAUCUGGUGCAGCGCUUGGAGCCGGUCAUCAUGGAGCUGGAGAGGCAGGAGAACGUUCUGGUCAUCUGUCACCAGGCCGUCAUGCGCUGCCUGCUUGCCUACUUCCUGGACAAAACAGCAGAAGAGCUGCCCUACCUGAUGUGCCCGCUGCACACGGUCCUCAAGCUGACUCCCGUAGCUUACGGAUGUAAGGUGGAGUCCAUCAGCCUCAAUGUGGACGCUGUCAACACGCACAGAAAGAAGCCCGAGAACGUAGAGGUGUCUCGGAUGUCCGAGGAGGCUUUGCUAACAGUGCCAGCCCACCAAUGAGGCCUCACUCUGUAAGCCUCCUCUCAUUGCACACUCUGUAACCCUCCUGACGCACACCUUUCCUCUCAUUGCACUCCUCUCUCACACGUCAUGAUGCUGACUGGAAUCCAGUUCAUUUUUCAUUGUUUUCAAUAAUAUCUUCUCCCAUUUUUGGAGAAUAAAUGGUGAAGGUUUAUUUUUUUUUGUUUUUGACCGGAAGCCGAACAGCCAAAUGUGAAGCAAUGGUAUAAAUACUGUAGUACUGCGAGUAAUGACGUUUUUGUGUGUAGUUUGUUCUCAUCAAGCCACUUAAUAGUGUAGGAGCUACGACACUUUAGUUUUGCUACAUUGCACAACUUUUGUUUGCCUUCAAAUGUUCCCCCUCUGCUACUAUUGUGUUGUUUGCUACUAAAUGUUGUCAGCUGUCUUUUACGCCCACGAUGAAGGAAUAUUUCUGUUGACUGUUUCUAAAUAAACUUGACUUUAACCCGC